AUGGAUGGGAGAUAAGAAAGAAAUCCGAAUUCAUUUAGGCAAUCCCUGAAGCAACAAAGCAGCUCCGAAUCCCUGAGAGUGUUGCUUUUGCAAUUGCACAGUCUCCGUUCAUUCUACGACUUCUCUCCUGCUCAUAACUGCUGCUAUUGUUGCUUCACGUCAUGGCGACGGUGCUCAGCCAUGUUGCUGCUUCCUGCAAAGGCGUCGUCGCGUCGAUGCCAUCGCGAAUUUCCGUUACGUGUUCCGACAUCACCAAGACAACGCGGCUACAUUUGAAGUCCUCCUUGCUAUCCGCUCUCCCUCUUCGCAGCAAUGCGACGAGCAGUAACACCUACCUUUCACGAAAGCACGUUACCGGAGUUCGCGCGAUGGCGACGGAAAGCUCGUCGUCCAUCGCAUCAGCGGAGGUGUCAGAGGGGGACCACGGGGGUCUGAAGAUCGGCUACCACACAGCGCAGGGCAUACGCGAAAGCAUGGAGGACCACCUGGUGGUGAUUAAAGACAUCCCGGGAGGCUUCCUCUACGCCGGCAUCUUUGACGGCCAUGCGGGAAGUGCCUCCGCGCGAUUUCUGAAGGACGAGCUGUACAUCGACUGCAUGGACGCGUUAGAAGGAGGCGCGUUACUGUCGGACGAGGACCUCGACGCUGUGGAGGACGCUCUUCAGGACGCAUUCAUUCAGGCGGACCAGAGGCUGCUACAGUGGCUGGUGGAGCACAGCGAGGAGCCGGAAUCGGGGUCCACAGGCACGGUGGCGUUUGUACGCAAGGACCGGCUCUUCAUCGCGCACCUUGGGGACUCCAGAGCGGUCCUGGGAGUGGGUGGUGACGCGGAGGACCUGUCUCGGGACCACAAGCCGCAUGGGGAGUCACCCACUGCCAAGGCGGAGAUCAAGAGGAUUGAGAAGGCUGGCGGAUGGGUGAGUCAAGGCCGUGUGUGUGGAGUGGUGGCAGUCUCCCGUGCCUUUGGCAAUGCCAACUUCAAGACUCGACGCGAGCAGAUGCUGUCUGAGGGGGUGAAGAAGGGGCGUUGGACAACGCGCUUCGUCUCCAAGCGCUCGUUCGAGAGUGACUGGAUCUCGGCUGUGCCGGAUGUGUAUGCAGCUGAGCUGGAAGACGACGCCGAAUUUGUCAUCAUUGCGUCCGAUGGGCUCUGGGACGGUGUGAAAAGCUCAGAGGCAGUGGCCUUUAUUCGCAAGGAGAUGGCAAGCCAUGGAGACAUUCAACAAGCAGCAGACAACCUCGCCCAAUUUGCCCUUCAGGACCGGCAAGGUGAUGACAACAUCAGCAUCAUUGUCAUUGGCCUCAAAUGAGUUUCUGAUCUACUAGGUCGAAGGACUUGCAAUUGUUGUAUUGCACUUGUUUUGUUUUAAGAAUAUUUGAAACAAGUAUCUU